UUGGCUCAAAGAAUUUCCUCGAUCAAUUCGAUCUCGGCCAUCUGUGAGGCCACUGGUGCUGAUGUACAAGAAGUCGCACAUGCUGUCGGUUUUGACCAAAGGAUUGGCAAUAAAUUUUUGCAGGCUAGUGUCGGUUUCGGUGGAAGCUGCUUCCAAAAAGAUGUUUUGUCAUUGGUCUACUUAUGCGAAUCUCUAAAUUUGCGUAAAGUGGCCGAUUACUGGAUGGGAGUAAUAGAGAUCAAUCAGUGGCAACGUCGACGAUUUUCUGACAAAAUCAUUGCCGAAUUGUUCAAUACAGUAACUGACAAGAAGAUUGCAGUGUUUGGAUUUGCCUUCAAGAAGAAUACUGGAGAUACUAGGGAUUCAUCAGCAAUUCAUAUCAUCAGCCAUUUACUUGAGGAACAUGCUCGUAUCUCUGUCUACGAUCCUAAGGUAACAGAAACGCAAAUGCGUUGGGAACUGUCGCAACGAUCACCAGAAGAGAUAGUUACAAAGCUUGUUACCGUCCAUGACAACCCUUACGACGCAGCAGAAGGAGCUCAUGCGAUAGUCGUAGUUACAGAAUGGGACGAGUUCAAGGUUUAA